AUGGUUGGUAAGGGAAACCAUUCUAAUCCUUCUUCAGGUGUGGAUGAGCGACAAAUUGCUCAGGCUAUGGAGCUAAUUGCUGCUGCUAUUGGACAACAGAAUACUUUGUUGGCUCAGAUGGAGACCAACCGGGCUGCAGCUGAAGCAGCUAGGGCUGAGGUACCUGAUGAGUAUAGGGGCUUGUCAGAGUUCAGAAAAGGAAAUCUUCCUCAAUUUGUAGGUGUUGAUGGACCUGAAGUUGCUGACCAGUGGAUUGAAGAGAUGGAGAAAAUCUUCAUGGUGAUGCAAUGCCCCGAGGAGAGGAAGCUAGUUUAUGCUGUUUAUAUGUUGGUGAGUGAGGCUAGCUUUUGGUGGAAAGGUGCUCAAGCUAUGAUGGAAGCUAGAGGGGAAGUGGUGAAUUGGGAAAAUUUCAAAAAGGUAUUCUUAGAGAAAUAUUUUCCAGAUAGCGCCAGAUAUGCUAAGGAAGCUGAAUUUUUGAGACUGCAACAAGGAAAUAUGUCAGUACAAGAGUAUGUGGUCAAGUUUGAACACUGGCUACGUACUAUUCUCAAGCUAUCUCUGAAGCAUGGAGGCAGGAAGUUCAGUGAGGGUUUAAGGUAUGAGCUGAAAAAGACUAUUGUUCCUAUGGGGAUUGUGGAGUUCCCAGUUCUAGUUGAAAAGGCAAAAACAGUUGAGAGAUUUGAAGGAGGAAAUAGAAUGGCAAAGGGUCCAGAGGGAUCAUAUGGAUUUGGGAGGGGGAAACAUCCUCAAAAGAGACCAUCUCAGUUUCAGAAGGGAAAUGCCAAUAAGAAACCAAUGGGGACUACUACUACAGAAGCUAUUCAGAGUUUUAGAUGUUACAGAUGUGGAGGCCCACAUAUGAUGAGGGAUUGUCCUACAAAGGACUAUGUGUGUUUUAAAUGUGGCAAGGUGGGUCACAUGGCUAAAGAUUGCAAUGUCAGAAAUACUCCAGCUAGAGGGAACCAGAAAGUGGAUCGGCCUACUGCAGCAGGUCGUGUUUUUGCUUUAACAGAUGCUGAAGCUGAAACGUCAUCUGAGCUGGUAAAAGGAAAGGGCAAAGCUGAUGGUAAUGAUAUUUCUAUUCUAUUUGAUUCUGGUGAUUCACAUUCUUUUAUUUCUUAUGAAUGUGUGGCAAGGUUAAAUUUGGUUGUGAGUUCCUUGUGUGUGGAUCUAGUUGUUUCUACUCCAGCUUCGGGUUCUGUCUUGACUUCUGAGGAGAGGUUUAUUUCUAGUGGACAGGUGGAUGGGUUGUUGAAGGGUGGAGCUCUUGGGUUUAUGAUCUUAUCUUUUAUUAGUGUGGAGAAUGAAAAGUUGUUGAAUAGUAUUGAUAUUGUUAGAGAAUUCCCAGAGGUUUUUCCGGAUGAUGUUCCGGGGUUACCACCAAAGCGAGAGUUGGAGUUUAGUAUUGAUCUUAUACCAGAGCGGGACCAGUGUCUAUUUCUCCUUAUAGAAUGGCACCAGCAGAGUUGUUUGAAUUGA